AUGGGUGGCUCCGCCUUCAACUCGGGCGACCGCCCGCUGCACACCCCACGCAUGCCCAAGCCCGUGUACGAGGACGUCAAGAGCCGCAGCAUGGCCAUUCUGCGCCGUACGUACAUUUGCGUGGCGUCUCCCAUUGACGGACCUGGCAAGACGGACUUUGGCGACAUCGACAUUCUCGUCGCAUGGCCUAAAGACGGCCGGGCAAACACACGCGAGGGCCUGCAUGACGUCGGCAGGGCGCUGGGAGCGUCACGUAUCAUCGUCAAUGACGCCUGCGCCUCCAACCUUGCGCUGCCCUGGCCGGAAUCCCUGGCAGAAGAGCCCGCCGACGGGCAGCCAGACAGAUAUAUCCAGGUUGACGUACGCAUCUGCAGAUCCCUCGAGGAGAUGCAGUGGAUGCUCUUCAAGCACGCCCACGGCGACAUAUGGAACAUUCUCGGCUCGACUAUCCGCCCUUGUGGCCUGACGGUCGACGACGGCGCUCUGUGGCUGCGCGUCCCCGAGAUUGAAAACACAAACCGCAACCGCGCCAAGGUCCUCCUCACCUCGGAGCCCGCCAAGGUGCUCACCUUUCUCGGCCUCCCCAUCGACGACUACUGGGACCGCCCGUUUGACAGUCUCGACGCCAUGUUCGAGUACGUGGCGCAGUGCCGCAUGAUGCACGUCCCGCCGCCAGACCCUGCCAGCGCCAAGGACGGCGCCGAGCAGCAGGAUCCCGCGAGCGAAGACGCCGCUGCCGCCGCCGAGGACCGCAAGAAGCUCAAGGCCAACGACCGGCGACGCAUGAAGGGCCGCCCCGCCUUCCGCGCCUGGGUCGACGACUUUGUCCCCGCGUGCCGCCGCGCGGGCCGCUUCACGGAGCGGCAGACUACGCGGGAGCGCGUCACCGAGGAGGCGCUGUGGCUGUUCCACGCGCGCGCCGAGUUCGACGCCCGGCGCGACGACUUCCUGCGCGAGCGCCAGCGCGAGACCAUCUGGAACGCGCUCAUCAAGGGCGCCGUCCCCGAGCCGGACCGCGCGACGGCCACGAGCGUGCAGGUCACGUACCGCGCGUGCCUAGUCAAGGCGCUGAAGCGCAUCAUCCUCGAGGGUGACGAGUCGUACGGCGUGGGCUGCGAAGGGGGAUUCCGCGAUGAGAGGGGGUUCUGGAGGUUGGAGGCCGUGACGGACUUUAUUGAGCGGUACAAGGACCAGGUGGGUAGGGAGGCGUACGCGCGGCAGCAUGGGAGGUAUAUGGAGCAUCUGAAGGUGAAGGAGGCAAAGGCAAAGACGGCUGCCGUUUAG